CCUGGCAUUGUGCAAGGGACUUUAUGCGUUAUGCAGAAGUCUGUGCUCUGGUCCUAAACCUUUGGUCAUUAUUUUACAUGUGGCGUAUGAGAGAUGGUUGCUUAGAUAGGACGAGUUUCUAAAAUAAAUUGGACGUAAAAACGUACAUAAAUUAUAUAGAUCCAUUAGUUUAAAGUUUCAUGGGACAUUGCAAAAAUGGUAAGACACAACAAUCAAUUGCCACAUAAUCUUCCACAACUACAAAAUCUUAUCAAACGUGAUCCAGAAUCUUAUAAAGAAGAGUUUCUGCAACAGUACCAGCAUUACAAAUCUACAUUAGAAGUUUUUCAUCUAGAACCAACACAAUUUAACAAAAGUCUUGAUGACUUGAUAACCUUUUUAGCACAGGUAGCUCAUUGUUAUAUUGAGGAUUUAAAUACGUAUCCUCAAGAAAUUGUUGACAUAUUAAGAACUCAUAACACUAUAUUAGACAAUGAAAUGCGUAUGACAUUUUGCAAAGCAUUGAUCCAAUUACGCAACAAAUCCCUCUUAGAACCUACUGCUCUCCUUAGUUUAUUUUUUGAACUUCUAAAAUGCCAAGAUAAGGCUCUAAGACAAUUUCUCCAGACACAUAUAAUUACAGAUAUCAAGAAUAUCAAUAUAAAGCGUAAAAAUGCCAAAGUUAAUACAGUGUUGCAAAAUUUUAUGUUUUCUAUGUUAAAAGAUUCUAAUGCGAAAGCCGUUAAGAUGUCCAUAGACAUUAUGAUAGAGUUGUAUAAUAAAAAUGUAUGGAAUGAUGCAAAAACUGUCAAUGUUAUAGCCACAGGUUGCUUUUCUAAGAUAACGAAAGUAGCAGUUGCUAGUAUAAAAUUUUUCCUGGGACACGAUUCGGAAGAAAAAGAAAGCGACGAUAGUGAUUCGGAUAAUGAACCAAAUAUACGAGAAGUUAUAAUGGCUAAUAAAGUCAACAAAAAAACCAAGAAACGAGAGAAGCAACUGAAAAAAGUUAAGCAGUUAUUCGUCAAAGCAAAAAAGAAGAAAUCUAAAGCACCACAGUACAAUUUUUCAGCAUUACAUUUAAUUCACGAUCCUCAAGAUUUCGCUGAAAAACUUUUCAAACAGAUAGAAAAGAAUAAUGACAGAUUUGAAAUAAAAUUAAUGACUCUAGAUAUUGUCUCCAGACUUAUUGGUUUGCAUAAUUUAUUCCUCUUCAACUUUUAUCCAUAUAUACAGAGGUUUCUUCAACCACAUCAACGAGAAGUUACCAAGCUCUUACAGUUUAUAGCUCAAGCUUCGCACGAAUUAAUACCACCAGAUGUGCUAGAACCUGUUUUGAAGACCUUAGUCAAUAAUUUUGUAACAGAAAGGAAUUCUGCGGAUGUGAUGGCUAUUGGCCUAAAUACCGUACGUGAGAUCUGUACACGAUGUCCUUUAGCCAUGAACAGAGAUCUGCUUGAAGAUCUAACACAAUACAAGCAGUAUAAAGAACGUUCCGUAAUGAUGUCAGCGCGUUCUUUAAUUGGGACGUUCAGGCGUAUUAUGCCUGAUUUGUUACAUAGAAAAGACAGAGGCCGUCCUACGGAAGUUAACAUCGCAAUAGAAGCUUCCAAGUACGGUGAAGUACGAGCAAGUGAGUUCGUACCUGGAGCAGAUGUUUUAUUCGGCAAGCAUAUCGAAGAAACCGAUCACAGUGAUAGUGAAGAUAAUGAAUGGAUCAACGUAAGUCAUAAUAGCGAUGAAGAAGUCAAUGACGAAAAGUCAAUAGUCGAUGCGGAUCAAUCGAUAGAAUCUUCUGCUAGUGAUGACGAUGAUGAUGACAACGACGAUUAUUACGAUGACGACGAUGACGACGAUGAUGAUAAAGAACAAGGAAAAAAUAACAAGAACGGCGAUGAUGAUUUUACUUUCUAUAACGAGAAGGAUAGUAUAAAGAAUGAUUGUGGAAACAAUAACGAGAAAAGAGAAACUGAUAAAACUUUGCGAAAGAAAAACGUUUUAACGAAGCAACAAAAAAAGGCGCGAAAAUUAAAAAAGACAAAGCAGAAUACAGAACAAAAUACAGAGCUAAUCGCUGAGAGGAAAAUAAAAGCAUCUUUAAUAUCUACAGAACGAUUGUUCACGGAUGAAGAUUUUAGGAAAAUUGAUAUUGCAUUAGUGAAACAAGAAGUAACAUAUGCUAAUCGUGGCGUUAAAAGAGUGCACGAUCAAAUCGAGACAGUGAAACAAAAUGGAGAACUGGUAAAACUUUGUGACAUAGAAAACAUAUAUAAGAAACGUAAACACGAUAAAGCAGCCCGAUUAGAAUCUGUAAAGAAAGGACAAGAAGAAAGAGAAAAGUUUGGUUAUAAAGACGGCCGACAAAAUCCAUUGUGCAGUAAAACAAAUCGUGAGAAAAGAAAGGGAAAAAUAUUUCAGAUGCUGAAACACAAAUUGAAAGGAAAGGCAAAAAGAUCUUUUAAGAAUAAACAAAUAGCUCUUAGGAAUCAUUUGCUGAAGCAGAGAAAAAUGAGAUAAUUUAUAAUAUUAAUAAAAU